UUUGGGUGGUGGAUCAUUCUCAGCACUGCAGCGACGCUGAUAUAGUGGUGGAUUAGGAGGAAGCGUCUUUCAUAUGUGCUUCUGCUCAUGUUCUCAAUUCACAAUUAUAUUUAUUCAUUAAAAUUUCAAUUCUUGUCAAAACAAAAAGGACAAAGGUUGACCUCAAUGAUUGUCAACUCCUUGCUGUACCUUAUAAACUCUUUAUUCUGUUUAGGUUUGGUAAAGUGUGUGGUGUCUGUGAACAAAUGUCAUGAGUCCGAGAGACGCCAUCAUGUGUGGGUGGUGUAUGAAUCUAACACCAAAAAGUGCGCCGGAACUCUCAUCCACAAGCAAUGGGUGAUCACUGCAAAGGACUGCUAUGGUGGGAUAGACGGCGCAUUGAAAGUACAGCUGCAUGAUCAGAAGCAGCCACUGGCCAUUAAGAGUAGUGAUAUCCUGAGCCCUUUAUAUGAGCCCAUCUUGUUGCUGAAGCUUCCAAAGCCUGAGAAAGACAUCGAGCCUGCUGUGCUGCCUUCUGGAGACUGCAUAACCCCACGUGAGGGAGAUGGACUGCAGGUUUCUGGCUAUAGUUUCAAAGCUGAAGGAGUUUCUGACACAAAUCUGAAGUGCUUGGAUGUUAAAGUCAGUGAGUGUGGAGAAAUGCCUGACUUUACAAAGUCUAAGAGAAUCUUCUGUGGGGAACGCACUGUUUGCAAGGAUUCAGAGUGCCAGGAUGAUUAUGGUUCCGGUCUCCUGAAGAAAGUAACGGUUUCAAAAAAAUCUUUCUUUAAGAAGGAGAAACAGGCAGACAUGAUGUUCGGAGUUCUCAUUGAAUCACAGUCUAAUAAAUUUAUUUUUGUUGACAUAUGUUAUGGACCAAUAAAGAAGUGGUUGGAUGACGUUUUGAAAUAAACCCCUAAGAGCUGCUAGCUCUCCUACAGAUGUACAUAUCUAAUGUUUUAUUACUUAUCUGUUUCCUUUCCAUCGUUUAUUUGAUUAAAAUGUUUCUAUUUGCU